GAACAAUGUGGUUUUCGGCCUGGUCGUGGAACGCUGGACAAGCUUUAUACCCUCAGCAGGGUGCUUGAGGGUUUGUGGGAGUUUGCCCAACCAGUCUACAUGUGUCUCUGUGAUCAGCUGAUCACAACCUGAAGAACCCCAACGAACUGUCAAGGUGUCAACAAACAGGUUGGGAACAAUCUAACGCUACUAUUCAACAGGAAGAAGAAGACACUGAUUGUGACCCUGUUGCUUUGAUCCUUAUUGUAUGUUACUUUAAUAUUUGCUCUAAAUUGUGUGGUUGAUUUACAUGUAUACCUCUCUGUGAUUUCAUCCACUGUUCUUAAACAAAGCAUUUUAUGCUUCCACUUGAUUCACACUUACACACAAAUUUUUAUCUUCCACUGACACAAAAUGACAUUCACCAGACGAAAAACGAUAAAAAUGAUUGUCAUAUCAACCAUUGCGGUGACAUGUGUGACCCUCCCGUACUUCUGGAGAACUCGCACAUUUGUUCACUAUAGAUCCAAACGCGACAUUAAGGACCCUAAAGCCUGGCAGCUUGCCCAAAACUACGUAAAUCAGAACCCCACAGGGAACUUAUGGUUAGCGUACCUCAAGUACACUUCUAAAACCCUCACAAAUAAUUCAUGUGUAGCAUGUGCUGUCGCCAGACCCGAUCUCAUGGCUGUGCCCACUCCCUUUAACAGCAGUGAGUGUUACAACAAGCGACAACUGCACAAUAAAGACACCGGGUGUAGAUACACUGCGGACCCCAGCAUUCCAAGAUGUGAUCCGUCUUGCAAAAUGCGCGCCUUGCACAAUCUGGGCAAGGGUAUGGAGAUGUACAGUCCCGUCACACAUAAGAAAGUUAAGGUGGCCGACAUCAAGGUAACGAAAAAGGAGCCCGCGGCUCCCUUGUAUUACACGGUGUGUACCACGUGUCACUUUGAAUGCUUCACCUCCAGCCUCGACGGAGGAAUAGAUGUAGGCCACUUUCCCAAUUGUCACCUGACGUGGGACGUCUCCAACGCACACGGACUUAACCCUGAAGACCAUGUGAUCCGGUUUGCGAUUCCAACUCACACCGGUGCUGCCCCUUUACCCUCAUAUACAUAUAGGAUCAAUAAUGUCUCACACGUUGCCCCAUCCUCCACCGACUUAGUCCAGCAAAGGAAGCCCUUGUCCGACAUGUGGUGGCUCUGUGGGGAUCACCCCAGGGCCACCUUACCAACCAAUUGGACCGGCACCUGUACUCAGGUAGUGUUCCUCACAGGGGGAAUACACCUUUUGCCCUCAGCUCCACAGAAACACUCACGCACCAGACGCAGGGCUCCAGGAGGUUCCUUGGAUCCUGACCUUUACAUAGAUGCAAUAGGCGUACCACGAGGAGUGCCGGAGGAGUUUAAGGCUCGCAACGAGCAUGCGGCGGGGUGGACGAGUGCUAUACCCUUUAUGGACCCCAUCAUAGAGGUUAACAAGAAUUCAGCCUGGAUCAACUACCUUUAUUACAAUCAACAGCGUUUCAUCAACAAAACUGCGGGCGGUAUGAGAGGCAUGUCUGGGCAGCUGGCUCCCACGUCUCAGAUGACUUGGCAGAAUAGAAUGGCCCUGGACAUGUUGCUAGCGGGGAAAGGAGGUGUCUGCGUUAUGUUUGGAGAAGCGUGCUGUACUUUUAUCCCCAACAACACUGAUUCUAAUGGUACUGUGACAAAGGCUAUUGAGGGCCUUGAGAGUCUUCGAGACGAAUGGGCUAGAAACUCCGGCGUAGAUCCGUCCCCUUGGCGCUGGCUAGACCAAACUUUUGGAAAAUGGAAAUCAGUUUUUAUGUCGGCAAUAGUCUCGCUUAUCAUCUUCAUGGCCGUGAUCAUGUUGCUUGGUUGUUGUGUUAUUCCUCUAAUUAGGGGUCUCAUCAUGCGCGCGAUAUCAGCGGCGCUUUCGUACCAAAUGACACAAUGCACUACAUUCAGGAAUCCAGAUACCGAUUCACUCAUCGGUUCUGAUGCUGACUCUGUAGAGGAUGAUGUUGACGUUGAUAACGAGGACCACAAAGAUGACUCCGAUGAUGAUGGUAGUGACACGGAGACUGACGCCACAAUAGUUUAAAUCAACAUAUAACCCUCUUCCCAUUUUUGCUUGACUGAACGUGAUCUAAUUGAUUAUAGGCUUAUGUCCCUGUCUUUCCAAAGCUCAUACACAAGGGUUAUUCUAGUAUAACUACCCACAAAAACAGCUCACAAGCUUUUUAUCCCUACGCCAUUUACAUUUUUAUAAACAAUACAUUUAACGAAUCAUUUUUAAAGAAUGCUUUAUUACUACAAAAUGAAUGCCACGAUUGACAAUUUUUAUUCUUUUAAUGUUUGAUUAAUGUGUAAUCAAAAGGGGGGAAAUGUAAUGGAAAAAUUGUACUUUAAUGCUUUUGUGUUCAUUUCUGACUCUGCAUAGUGACCAUGCAUUCUGUACUUGUUGAUUAGACCCAGAACUGAACAUUCUCAGACAGACAAUCUAUCUCCCUCUCAAGGUGACCGAUUGUUCAUGGCCUGAGUCUGCCUUUUAACCCUGGGCUCUGGCUCCUUUCUGUCUGAUGCCUCACCAGACCCAAGGCUGUAGCCUUGUUUAUUCCCUGUGUAAUAUGAACAUCUUCACCCACAGUGUGAUAAGGAGAUUCCACCAGGUCCAGGGAAAAAGGUUAAAAGGCAGAAGCAACUUGAGAAUCGUGGGCUCUUUGCAUUAUACCUUCGUGGUGUGUGCACUGAUCUCCCCAGCUGGUUUUUGGUUUGUUGAUGUGCACGAUCAACAUCCAUGCUUUUUAUUUGCUUUCCCCAUUAUUUUUAUUUUAUCCUUUCUUUAUUAUUUCAAUAAAUCGCACAAAAGGACAA